CCUGUUGGCAUUUAUGCCAAGAAAUACGAAUGGGCCGCCCGGCCAUCCUCAACGCCCAGCGGUGGCCUGCAUUUGGAUUUACAUCCGCCACCAAUGCAGAUUGGUGGCGACUGUUCGUUGUGGAUACGCUCGGCCACAUUGGAUUUUGAUGAUGGCCUUUGGGAAUGUCAGGUGACGGCAAGUGAUUUUACAACACAGGAUGCUUUAACCAGUCAACCGGUACGGUUGGUUGUACGUGUUGCACCACAACGACCACGCUUGGAAUAUGAGGGCGCCCAUGUACCGCCUGGCCAUAACAUUACCGUGGACGCUGGCUCCUUGGCCACAGUUAAGUGUGUCUCCCACUAUGGCAAUCCACCUGCAACACUUAAGUGGUUUCUGGGUGACCAAGAAAUCGAACCCAUUCACCCGCAAACGAAUGCCACCGAACCAGAUAAUCCUCGCACAUGGUCUGCCACAUCGGUUGUCCAAUUGACAGCAAUGCGUGAACGGCAUGGUGACAUUUUACGUUGCUUGGCUUAUCAUGAAUCGUAUACGGCGAAAACGGUGCCCGUCGAAGCCAGACUAGAUGUAAAAU